ACACACAAUUUUGUAUUUUAUUAAAAAAUACUGCGAAAGACGCAUUUUGAUUAUAAGUGAAAACUAGACUAUACUUUAAGGCGUUUUCAUUUAACACACGUGCUUAAUUUCGUUCGUAUACCAACAAUACACAAUCAAGCUCACUCACGCUCACCACGCGAACAAAACAAAGUCGUACAACUUUCAAUUUACGUGAGUUUAUUAUGUUGGCUGUUAUUGCUGCUUCUUUGUUGGCAAGAGCAAAUAACAACACAACAAUAACUAAACCUUGUUUAUAUACUUGCCCUGCAACAAGUAUCACUCAAAAAUACUUGUAUCGCAACAAUAUUGCGAGUGCUAUGCAACAUUUACACUGUAAACAACAAACUUUAAAAAAAUCGCAAUUAUUUUGUCAAAAACGUAUGUGUUUUGGUCGUUGGCAUCAUUGUGACAUAAACAUUUUACACGCCGCCGGCAACAUUUGUUUCAUUAAACAAAUUUUCAUGUUGAGUUUUCUUAACAAAUCAACAACUAAAAGUUUCAAUAAAAACAUUUCCAUUAAACGUAUUAAACGCCUUGACAAUAAAAACAACAGCAACAAAGAUCGUGUAACACAGCGUCGAGGUAGAGGUGUUUCAAUGAAAUUGUAUCUAACGUCAUCAAUGUUUAACAACAGUAUGAUGUGCGUUUGAAGGGAAUUUGCGUCUAAGACUCAUUUCAGAGCAAGUUUAGAGGUCCCUUACAAUUUCAUUGUUUCUUUCCAACGGUGAAUUAAAACCAAGAUCAAAAUGGCAUUCAACACUGAAAUCCAAGCAAGCCAAUCACGGCCCCAAACCAUCAACAACAAGCAGAUUAACAAAAAUAGAGCAAUUAGAACCGGAGCGACAGAAACAGGUGCAACAUACGAUUACGAUAACAACAAGUUCAGAAAAGUCAGAAAGCAUAAUAUUGAUGAUCCAGGAACCCCAACAACCAGAAAUUAUCGAAAUUCCGUUGGCAAACCCAAUGAGUACAACAGUAAACAGUUUGAGCAAGAACCCAUUAUUGAACAAGGACAACAACAGUCAGAAAAAUCAAAACAACAACAAAAGUCAAAGAACUUUAAUUCAAAUACCACAACAAAAUUCGAAACCAAGAAUAUUUUUGCUUACCAGGCCUUCGAAAGCGCAACUGGUUCGGUUAGAAACUCAAACAGUGCGACCCCACCCCCAGAGAAAUUUGAAUUUAUCACAACUCCACCACCCUCAGAAAACGGCAACUGUAACAAGCCAGACGCAAACAAAAAUCAUAAGAAUACCCUUUUUACCAAGGUCUCAAGUGCAAACGUUUUCAGUGAAAAGCAACACAAACCAAGUGCUAAAGAAAGAUUCGAAAGUUCAAUAUCUGAACGACAGUCAAUAUUCCGAUCACACCCAACAGGAGGUGAUUCAGGACCCAAUAACGCUCCAACAAGCAAAUACCAAUCAGUUGUCUCCCACAUCAGUGGAGACCAGCAGCGAUCAGUUGCAAACACAGCCAGAAAGCGUCAAGAAUACAAUAGCGAAAAGUACAGUGAACAAUUUGAAUUUGUCAGCGAACAAAAGCAAAAUAAUACAAUCCCCAGCCAAAGCGCAUUCAGAAAUACCAUUGACAUUGGCAUCAAUGGCCGGCAUAGAGUUGACAGGUGCCGAUAUGUCCCUUUCACAAGCGGAUAUGAGUGGAGCAAUGCCGCCUACUGCUACAGUUGAAGAGAUAAAUGUUCCGGUAUUCAUAGAUGAAUACUUACAAGAAGUUACCGCAUCAACUACAUCUGUUACUACAAAUAAUAUUUUUAAUACCAACAACAAUAACACCAACAACAACAACAUUAGUAACAACAACCACAGCAACGACAAAGGAAACGAAGUGAACAACUUUUUGGAUACGUUAGACAAUUUUGAAUUUGAUAUAAAUCUGUUGACGGAAAAUAGCAGCAAAAAUAAGGAAACGGAGUUGGAAGAGCAAGAAGACCAGCAGCAUCUACAACAACCACUAUACCAUCAACAACACCAGUUGACUGAAGUUGAUGAUGAUAAAAAAUUAAAACAGCAUCAAUUGGAAUUACAAGAGAUGUUGGAAGAUAUAUUGUUUAAUAAUAACAACAAUAACAAUAACACUAGCAACAAUAAUACCACCUAUAAUAUUAAUAACAGCAACAACAACAACAUUAACGACGAUAUGGCAGCAAAUAAUGACAUUACUGAAGAAAUAUUCGCUGUUGCUCCUGGUACUGAUACAGUGGAAAUGGAUUUAUUAGAUGAGACAGAAAACUCCAGCUUUGGUGGAAUGUGGCAAACGGAGGACGCUGUCGAUUUUAAUAACAUUGACAACGAUUUCUCCAUAAAUGAUUGUUUCAUUAACUCUCAGCCGUGUGAAGUUAUGUUCUCUACAGGCUAUUCACAAUCUCAAUUGUCGCAAAAUCUAAUGAACGAUAUAUUCAAAGCUGAGCCACAUAUUAAACCCAAUUAUUCACCCGUAGCAACCACAUCAGAUGUAGCUGCAGCUCAUCAUAUAGAAGUGUGCGAAGUAUAUGAUGAUGUGGAUACUUUCUGUACAACUGAAUACAUUGACGUGAACAGCACUGUUGAUUGUAAGGAAACAAUAGCUGUGGUAAAUCCCCUAAAACGUAACAGCUCACAGACCAACCAACACAUGUUAGAAAAGCGCCUCAAAUUACGUUUGGACACUAAACUAUGCAGAGAAAAUGUUUUCUCACAACAGUCUGAAAUAACUACACCAAAAGUUAUAGAUAUGAUUGAUCAGUUUAACGACGAUACAAUGCACACAACAGCAGCUGAUUCCAUUAAAGCUAUUUAUGAUAACCUCAUAUCAACUUCUCCAAAAAGUGACUCUAUUAAAUCCGAAAUAAUCGUCGAUGAGAUCUCAAACGACUUUUCUCCGCCAAAUACACCAUACAGUGUUAAUUCCUUCUCAAAUCAAACUAGUUUCAUAAAUACAGCACCAAGUUCCCCCGCCUCGUCUAUAGCUACCACCACAAAUGCCUCGAUCAACACUAAAAGAGGACGUGGGCGUCCUGCAAAAACACACAGUGACAUACCGGACCGCUCAGAAAUUCAACAUUUAAGUGAAAGCGAACAGAAGAAAGUACUUGAACGUGCGAAGAAUAACGAAGCCAGUCGCAAAUCACGUUUGAAGCACAAGGAACGUGAUACUGCUUUGGAGAGAGAAGAAACAGAACUAAAACAUCGAUAUAGGGAAUUGGAAGUGAUAUGGGAAGAUUAUAUAAAAAUGGAGAAGAAACUCAAAGCUGCAGUAAAACGCCAAUAUUUCAAAUUACAAAUUGAUCAGUGAAAUGCCAUCACAUAAUAAAUCCACUAAAUCAUUAUCGGCGUAUAACGAUUAUAAAUCCGUUGGCGCUGAUGGGAUUUAUUGUUUUAACACUCACAUGUACCUAAAGCAAGUAAUCAUUAUUGAUCAUGAGAUGCCAUUACUUACAAGUUAUUAUAAGUUGUUGUUAGUUAUAAGCAAAUAUUUUAUUUUAAUAUUAAAAAGUAAAAAUUAUAUAACACAUAUUUAACUAUACAUAUAUUAUGAAAUACACCACUUAUGCUCUUUUUUAAAUUAAAAAAUAAUAUACAUAUUGUUUUUCACUAUUCUAUGUUCGUAAAAACGAUCAUUAUUAUCAAUUACAUAUUUGUUUUAUAUUUGAAUAUAUUAAUAUUUUAAAAUUUUUUUUCAUUUAUAAAAUGAUUAUGUUUACAUCUAUUUUUUGAUAUUUUAACCAUUUUAUUUUAUAUUUUUAUGGGUUUUUGUUAAAAAUCAAUUUUAUACUAAACUACUUAAAAAGUUUUAAAAACCAACUAUAAAUAAAAACAAAAAAAUAUAAUUUCUAAUUAAGUAAAGUUGUUAGUCUAAUUUAAUAAAACAAUUGUCUUUUUAAAUUAUAUAUAUGCCACAAAAAUAAUUGUAUGUAUUUGUAAAAUCGCAAAUAAAACAUAAAUAGAUAUUUAAAAAAAAUAUAUUGCGAUUUAAAAGAAAUAAUUAUAUAAAUAAAGUAUAUGUUUAAAGAGCAUGUUCACGAAAACAUGACUAAAAAACAAAA